UACUACAAGUCUACAGCUACUUUCUCUUAAUUUCAUCUUCCUCUACGCAACUACAGAAAAAAGAAAAGAAAAGAGAGAACCCUUGUGUUGUUAAUCUUAGCCUCGUUCUUGUUCCUACUUUUUCUGAACCCUUUGCUUUCUUCUCCGAACUUUUCUCAUUCUCUAAUAAAGACUUCAUCUUUCACUUUUUCUCCAUCAAAUUCCAUUGACUUAACUCGCUUCCCACAUUACUGCUUCCUCAUCAGCCCACUUCGCGUCUUCUCUGCUCAAUUCAGUGUUUCCAUCAAAUUUUUUGGAAUUUCAGUGUUGAUGCUCAGAUAGAUAAUGAUCAGAGUCUUGUUGCAAUCAUUUUGUCUUUCGGGUAUGGACUGCAUGGAUGUUCAUGCCUACUGUUAAGUGUGUGAACAAUGUUUAGAAGGCCAAGGGGUCCUGAUGUUUUUAGUAUAUUCAAAUGCAAAGAUCAAGGGGAAUCAUCUCUGGCAACAGAUUUACUUCAAAAUAUUCCACCAGAGAUUGAACUGUCUGAUUAUAGAAGGGUCCCAAGUCCAGACAGUGAGAGCCCUUCGGGACUUCUUCAUGGUGAGAGCCUAAAUGCAGAACCUAUUGCUGAUUUAGAUCUCUUCUUCGAAAGGCUUUACAGCUACUACUGUGAGAAAGGGAUAUGGUGCAUCAUUAUAAAAUGGAUUGGUGAACUUCUUAGCCUGGGGUUCACCAUAUGUUUUUCGGGAUUUUUUCUACUAUAUGUUGAUUGGAAUGGGCUCCGCAAUGCAAAGUGUGGGAUGGAUGCGGUUGAGUCUGGAAUUAAGCCCUGUGAUCUUGCUAAAGAAGCUCUUCAUGAACACCCAUUAACCCCAAUGACUCUUACGAAAGCUAUUAUAGUUGGAUACUUAGGAAUAUUUUCCAUGUAUUGGAUAUUUUGCUUCUUGAGAUUCUUUGCUCAGCUAAAGGAUACUUUGGAAAUCCGAGAAUUUUAUUACAAUAGUCUCCAUGUUACAGACAAUGAAAUACAAACAAUGUCCUGGGCUACUAUUAUUGAAAAAGUUGUUAGGGUACAAAGUUCUAAACAUCUUUGUGUUGUAAAGAAUCUGUCUGCCCAUGACAUGGUAAUGAGAUUGAUGCGAAAGGAGAACUACUUAAUUGGGAUGCUAAACAAGGGUGUGCUUGCUUUCCCCAUUUCUCAAUGGGUUCCAGGUGCUGGUCCUAUAGUGGCAUAUAGUCCUAAUGGAACCCAUUAUCGUCUAACACUAACUAAGACCCUUGAGUGGACUUUGAAUUGGUGCAUCUUGCAAAGCAUGUUUGAUCGGAACUUUUGUGUGAAAAGGGAUUUUGUGUCAAAUCCAAAUGCAUUACAGAAAAGGCUUAUGGUAGUUGGCUUUGCAAUGCUUUUACUUUCUCCAUUUCUUAUCAUAUUCAUGUUGGUGUAUCUCUUUCUGAGGCAUGCUGAACAACUUUAUAACCAUCCAAGCACGGCAUCAUCUCGAAGAUGGUCAAAUUUGUCAAGGUGGAUAUUUAGGGAAUUCAAUGAGGUGGAGCAUCUCUUCAAACAUCGAAUUUAUAGUGGUGUCUUGCAUGCGUCUGAAUAUAUCAAGCAAUUUCCUUCACCUAUCAUAUCUAUCAUUGCAAAAUUCCUCUCUUUUGUAUCGGGUGGCUUUGCUGCAAUUCUGAUCAUCAUAGCUUUUCUUGAGGAGUCUCUGCUUGAGGGCCAUAUAUUUGGCCGGAAUCUGUUUUGGUAUGCCGCUGUUUUUGGAACUAUAACUGCCAUCAGCCGGGCUGCAAUUACAACUGAGCUGUUGGUCUUAGACCCUGAGGGAACCAUGUCUAUGGUGGUUCAGUAUACACAUUAUAUGCCAAAAAGAUGGCGUGGCAAAGAAAAUACUGAAAUGGUUCGCAUCGAGUUUGAAACCUUAUUCCAGUACACUGGAAUGAUGCUACUUGAGGAGAUGGCCUCGAUUUUCCUCACACCAUAUUUACUUCUGUUUGUUGUUCCAAAGCGGGUUGAUGAUAUAUUGCAGUUCAUUUCUGAUUUUACCGUAAAUGUUGAAGGUGUUGGUCAUGUUUGCAGUUUUAGCACCUUUGAUUUUCAAGAGCAUGGAAACAGCCGUUAUGGUUCCCCACACAAUGCACCACGUAAUCGAAGGAGCUCACAGGGGAAGAUGGAGAAAUCAUUGUUGAGUUUUCAGAGUAGUUACCCAUCAUGGGACCCGAAUGUUCUUGGGAAGCAGUUUUUGCGAAAUGUUAGAAGCUUCAGAGAGCAGAGGUUAUCAGGAUACAGAAGCGGACAUGCAUUUUCCUGUCCACAAUGGAGGGGUCGUCCAAAUGUGGGAGGCGAUGGAGAAGGAAACCGGUUCAUAUCCUGGGAAGUGCCAAUCAGUAUUCUUGCAACUGCCAACCAAAAGAAUCAUCCCUACCUGAUUGACUGGUACUAUACAUCUCAACCUUGUGAUGCGGCUCUCAAAGAUGUUACAUAAGAACCUUUUGGAGUAACUGAGCCUGCAUACGAAGAAUACUCACAUGAGUAUUGUGAGGAUCGCGCUGCGUCGACUCCAAUCUUCAGGGAAAGCCUUAUUAAGGAUGAAAAUUCAAAUGCCCAGAGUCAUUGGUGGGAUAAAUGU